UUGCCCUGGCAGUGCUCCGUUUGCUGCGGGCGGCGAGUCUGUGCGGGCCUCUGGCGGGUGCGGCGCGGGCCGGACAACUUCCCUUGAGUCCCGCCGCCAGCGAAGGAGAAAGGAGACGAACCACGCAGCGUCUUCGCACGCGCGGGCGCCCUCGGGCUGGCUCUGUCUCCGUGAGGCUCGCGUGUCCCGCUUCCCUGGAGGGGGCUCCGCAGCCCUCGGCACCUCGUACCCGGCGGAGACCGAGCUUCGAGGUUUUCUCGGCGGUCGGAGGUGGCUGCGCCCGGGCGGCAGCCAAGUUCAGCCGACACUGGGUGCGCGUCCUGGUGGCAGCCACGCUCUGCCCGCAGGUUCCAAUGGCCGAGGAGGCGCAGGGGGUGACCUUUGAGGACGUGGCUGUGUACUUCUCCCGGGAGGAGUGGAGUCUCCUUAAUUCCAUCCAGAGGAGCCUGUACCGUGAUGUGAUGCUGGAGAACUUUGCACUCAUUGUCUCGCUGGGAUUUGUACCUUCAAGACCCCAUGCGGUGGCCCAGUUGCAGGGUGAAGAAGAGCCCCGGGUGCCCAACAUGGUGGACAUGACUCUGGUCAGCAGAGCAGAAGCCAGGAGGGGCCCUGGUCUCGGUUGUCCUCAUAGACUGGACAAUGGGGAGGCCCCUCUGCAACAGGCGAGGAGCUGCAGAGUCCACCUGUCAGAGAAGCACCUUCUGGGUGGGGAGUCUGUGAAGGACACCCCGGUCCCAUUAGGUCGCCUCCAGCUCCAGGCCACCCACAGCGAGGGGAAGCCGCGCAGGAGCCCGCGGCACCGGGAGCCCUUCCUGCCCGGCUCCAGUCGCAAGCAGCAGCAGCAGGGAGUCCGCGCCACACAGAAGCCCUUCAAAUGCAGCGGUUGCAGGAAAGCCUUCCUGAAGGCCUUCGCGCUCCUUGACCACCUGGUAACUCACUGUGAAGAGAGACCCUUUAGGUGCCCAGCAGGUGGAAAUGCCCCCAAGGAGAACUCAGCCCUUGUUCAUCACCGAAAAAUUCACACUGGAGGAUCAUCCAACGUGUGUAAUGAGUGUGGAAAGGCCUUCAGUUACCCAUCUAAACUGAGGAAGCACCAGAAGGUUCACACAGGCAUAAAACCUUUCAAGUGUGGUGAGUGCGGGAAAACCUUCAACCGCAAAGACGCCCUUGUUCUGCACAAGAGAAUUCACACCGGAGAGAGGCCCUAUGCCUGCAGUGAAUGCGGCAAAGCUUUCAGCGUCCUGUCCACCCUCAUCCGGCACCGGAGAGUUCACAUUGGCGGCAGGCCGUAUGAGUGCCGGGAAUGUGGGAAGUUCUUUAAAUACAACCAGAGCUUCAUUCUCCACCAGAGAGUUCACACUGGAGAAAAGCCUUAUGAGUGCAAGCAGUGUGGGAAGGCGUACGUGACCCGCUCGGGCCUGUACCAGCACUGGAAGGUCCACACUGGAGAACGGCCCUACGAGUGCGGCCUGUGUGGGAAGACCUUCACCACCAGGUCCUACCGCAACCGGCACCAGCAGUUCCACACGGAGCAGAGGUCCUACGAGUGCACGGAGUGCGGGAAAGCGUUCAAACACAGCUCUACCCUCCUCCAGCACAAGAAAGGCCACGCAGGAGAAAGGCCAGAGGGGGACGCCAUGCGGAAAGGCCUUUUGCCAGAGUCGGCACCUCGCUCAACAGGGAGGGUCUCUCUGCAAAAAGGAGAUUGAGGAGAGGAGCCAUUUGAAAGCUGAACCAGACACACCCCAACAGCCACGCUGUGGGGGUGCCAGGUAUGUGGGAAGGUUUUGUGAGCUGUGUUGCACUCUGACCUGUCCAGGCUGUGACAGAAGCCAUCGCACCUCUGCCACCUGGCAUGUCCCCACAUGUGCCUCAUCACCCCGGUGUGCCCAGGGACAGCAGAUCCUUCACCCUGCUGUGUGUGGACCGGAGUCAUGAAUGGUGGAGCCCGUGUUGGGUCCUUUUUCCUCUUGACUGGUUUAGGCGUGGACAUGACUGAGUUGUGGCCAACAACUUAGCUAAGCAGUGUCUCCAAGGGCCUCCGGCGAAGGUGGACUGAUUUCAUGGACACUGUUGAUACUACACAUGGUACCUGUUGUGUAUCCACCCAACCCAGAACUUUCUCGCACUGCUCUGGAAUGCACGGCAAUAAAG